UCUCAGUUCCCAAGUCUUGCAUGAAACCAGAAAAGCCACCAUUUCUUAUUUCAAUUUAAGCUCAAGGCAAACGGGAAAAGGAACAAACACAGAGAUGGUUUUCGUAGCUCUGCUUACGUUGCUCGCCAAAAUCUUUGAUCUUGCCUGGCCUCUAAUUACUCUGGUUUAUCCAAUAUAUUCUUCAAUUAUUGCAAUUGAGAGCAACUCCAACGCUGGCAACCAAAAAUGGCUCACUUAUUGGGUUCUCUACCCUCUUGUAAUUCUUUUCGAGUUUGUAUCUCUGAAGCUCAUUGAAUGGUAUCUAUUUUGGCCUUACCUGAAGAUGAUGGCUGCCUGCUGGUUGGUGCUACCUCAUUUCAGUGGUGCUGCUUAUGCAUAUAAACACAUUGUUAGACCCUGCUUCUUGAUGAACCCGCUAACCCUUAACAACUGGUUUACUAAGCAAAAAGGGGAUUUUGUUCCAAGUGGAUCAAAGGGUUUCCUAGUUGCAGCCAAGAUAUACAUAAAAGAGAAUGGAUCUGAAGAAGCAUUGUCAAAACUGAUUACAAGAAAGGCAAGACAUUAUUGUAGAGUAAUGCAUUUGGAUGCCUUCUUGCUUAAUUUCUCCAAGAUCUUAGAUAAAUAUCCUUGA